AAACGAAGAUCCUUUCUUUCUCCAUUCAUAUUGCUGCUACUCAACAAUGGUGAGAGAGAAAGACAGUCACAGAGAAUUUUAGGGUUUUCUUCUUCGCUUUACAGAUCAUGCUGUAUCUUUACUAGAGAAGGUAAAAGCUGCAGAAUCUUCACUAAACGGUGGGACUAUGAGUGGUAGACGUAGAAGAUCUGAAUCUCUAUGGGACAGAAAAGAAGAGGAGGCGACUCGAACUGAGAUCAGUGAAAAGGUUCCUUAUUCAAGUUUUAUUGGGGAUGGUUCACCAAAACGGUCAAAUUCAGAAGCUAAUGAUGCUGGUGAUAUUUCUGGGCAACCAUCUCGAGAGCCUAUGCAAGGAAAUCAAAACAUUUCAAUGGAUAAUGACAACAGCAGUGGCAGGCAUGGAAUGAAGAUGGAUCCUGCUUUUGAUGAAUGGGAAAAUCAAUAUAGCUCCCGCCCUUCGGACAAUUCCUAUGAUCUGCCAUUUAGGAGUGGUGAGCGAGGUGUAGGUGGCACGGGGAACAUGAGCAAGGAUAGAGAUCGUAGUAGGAGUCCACACCGAAGCAGGGGAAGGGACAGGGACAGGGACAGGGACAGGGGUAGUACAAGGGGCUUGGCCAGGAGCAGGAGCAGGAGCAGGAGUAGGAGUAGAGGCAGGGGUAGGAGCCCAUUCAGUGAUGAAAGACGAGAAUCGUAUGAAUCUGGUGAUUCAAGGGUAUCAUCUCGACCAUGUAAAGAUUUUUCUGCAGGAAACUGCAGAAGAGGUAUUCAGUGUAGAUUCCUCCACCAGGAACUUGUAGAUUCUAGAGGUGGUGACUUGAUGGAAAAGUACUCAGGUGGUUUACGAUUCCGUGAUGAUAAAAAUUCUGUUAGCAAGGGCUCAGAUGGUUACAGGAAAGAUACUGGACGGAAAAGUGGAGUAGACCAUACCACUUCUUCUGGAGAUGAUUACCACAAAGGCAAUCGGAAUGCUUAUGAUGAUCAAGAUCACAGGCGGCAAUCAAACCAAACUACCAGAGCCCCAUGCAGGUUUUUUAUUAUGGGAAAAUGCAACCGCACCAAUUGCAAGUUUUCUCAUGAUGUUCCAAAAUCAGGAGGCCAUGAAGGAAGGUCACACGAUAAUAGCAGGCCGUGGAACGAUCGACAGCCACAGGAUCAAGUGAGUGCAUCAGGAUUUUCUGAUUUUCCAAAAUCCAGCCAUGAUUUUGAUGACAAGAACAAGUCUUGGAGUGGUCCUUUGUGGAAUGAUUUGGAAUCGGGAGGUUUUGAUGAAAUGUCUCGUGAUAAUAUUCUGGAUGACAAGAACAGAACAUGGGAUCCUCCAGGAUGGAAUGGAUCUGAGAAAAAUUCUGACAUUUUAUCUCAACCGAGGAGUGUUACUAAUCAUAUGGAUAUGAAUCAAGAAUCCCAAAUCAUUCAUGACAGUUCCCAGUUGCAUUCGCAACAUGUAAUGCCAGAAACUUCAGGCAGCCAACUAACAAAUGCAACUACAACUGUGAUACCAGAGGUGCCUAGAAUUCCUUGUUUUCAGCAGCAUCAGAAGCAGGGAGAAGGCAGUGUCAGUAUGAUGAUUGAUUCUCGCAAUAUGGUCUCCGGACAGACCAACAAACAAAUUCAUUCCUAUGGUUCAGACUUCGUUCCGAGUGUUCAUAAUAUGGCUUUCCAAUAUCCUUCAACUUUAAACGGCACUGAAAAAAGCUCCGACAUGCUUUCUCUUAGCUCUUUGAAUGGACCUAAACUUCAGUCGAAUGGUUCAGUUCAGGGCAUGUUUUUGCAUGUGGACUUACAAAAGCAGACAGAUAUUCAGAAUAAACGAGGUGGAAAACCUCUGGAAACUUCUAAAAACGAUAUCCCUCAAUUGGAUGCAACUGUAGCAAGUAAUGAGCAGGUUUCUCAAGUAAGUAGCCUCCCUGUAUCAUUGCCACAGAUAUCUCAGAACCUAAAUCUGGCCAAUGCCCUUGAGUUACUUUACUCUCUUCCCAAUACUGCAUCUUCUGGUGCCCCAGUUGACUCUAUGGUAGUUCAGCAGAAUCUAGAUACAAAAUCCAAAGAGCACUAUGAGUCAUCAAGAGAUAUGGUUGUCAAUGAGUCCAACAUUAGUGUACCGAUGGGGAUCUUGUCUAAUUCAAUGGAACAGGGGAAUCAAGUGUCAGUGGAACAAGUUUCUUCAAUUGAUCCCAACCCCAGCAAAUUGGUGGCAGUUGGUAUGCCUGAUGGGAAGCAGGAACCAGUUGGAAUUCUACAAGUCAAUGAGAACAGGAAGGCUGACAAAAAUGAAAAUACAAAUCCUGGCAAAUCUGAAGCACAAGGCAAAGUAGAAGAAGGCAAUAUCAGCAAUGAUGAAAAGGCCAUGCGGCAGUUCAAGAUCGCCCUCGUGGAAUUUGUUAAAGAGAUUCUGAAGCCAACAUGGAAGGAAGGUAAGAUGAGCAGAGAAGUUUACAAAACUAUUGUAAAGAAAGUGGUUGACAAGGUUACAAGUACCAUACAAGGAAAUCAGAUCCCAAGAACACAAGAAAAGAUAGACCAAUAUCUGACGUUUUCUAAAUCCAAAAUUACCAAGCUUGUGGAGGCAUAUGUCGGAAGGUUUCUAAAGGCAUAGCACACGCUUGUUAUAAAACUCUAAUGAGGUCUUAAGAUAACGUAAGGUGAGUCGAUAGUUUGGAAGAGUAUUUGUUGAACCAUGUAUAGAAUACGUUUGGCCGCUCGCUCUAUAAAAUUUAUUUAUUUUGUCACUAUAACUCAUGUUCUAAUCACUUUUCGUCCAUCCGUCCUGCUUUCCCACAAACAUGGCGUCAUAUAAUAAGGGUAGACUGCCCAAAUCGUUGUCGGGAGAUGGGAGUAGUGGGUGAAAGUGGUCGGAGAAUGAGAUACAGUGCCCAAAUAAAUACGUUUUCUAGUGCAAAUGCUAAAACGUAUUUUAUUCGAUAGUAGUUUGAACAAGAGAUAUGUUGUUUUUGCUGUUUUGUUAAUUGGAAACAGUUAGUUGUAUUGCCUUGUACUAUUUAGAAGAUUGUUGCUUGGAGUCUGGGAUUUUCUGGUGCAUUUGCUUUGCUAUGUGAAAAAGCACUGCUUGAGCAUGUCAACUUUUUUAAA